AUGGAGUUUGUGGUCCUUUGCCUCUGGUAGUAAUAUUAAUACUCCUAAUCUUCUCUCUUCUUUUCUUGCCAACACCAACCAAUUCUUUCUCUUCUUACUCUCUGUGCCUCUGCCUUUCUCUUUUGAAAUGGCCACCGGAAAAGCCGAUGGAAAACGGAGACUAAAUUACUACGACACGGAGGAGGACGAGGAGGAAGAGGAAGAGGAGGACGAGGAGGAAGACGGUGAUGGAGAAUUAGGGUUUGGUGAGGAUUUCAAUAAGAAGAAAAAAAUUGUGGGUGGUGGUGGUUCUAAUAAAGGAUCAGGAUCUGGGUAUGGUGGAGCUGCGGCGGCGGCGGUAGCGGUAGCACCGUCGUGUCAAGCGGAUAAUUGUAGUGCUGAUCUGUCGGGUUCGAAGCGCUACCAUCGCCGCCAUAAGGUCUGUGAGUUUCAUGCCAAAGCUCCGGCGGUUGUGGUUGCCGGAAUCCACCAACGGUUCUGCCAACAAUGCAGCAGAUUUCAUGGGCUUAUGGAGUUUGAUCUAACAAAAAGAAGCUGUCGGAAGCGGUUGGCCGGACAUAACCAGCGGCGGCGGAAGAGCUCAUCGGACGUCCAUGGCGAAAGCUGAAGCUAGGUAGCAAUGACCAGAAUGAUGAACAUUGAUGUAGUUUAUAGGGUCUUCCUUCCCCAAGCAAUUUUUUCUUGGUUUUGUUGUUGGUCAAUGCUUCCAUUAUUUUCACCUCUGCUUGCUCUCUCUCUUCUGUCAAUCCCCAGCUUUUGGCUUUGUACUGGAAGACCAAUUUAUUGCUUUUGUAGGGAAGGCAGUCUUAUUUUUCUUCAACAAUUGCAUUCAUAACCAUUUGGAAUAAUUAUGAGCUGCACCUUUGUUUUGUUUCUA